UUUGUGCAUAUGCCACCCAGAACAUGUUGCCAAGAUUCUAAAAACUAAAUUGGCAUCUAAGGAGUUACAAUAAUACCCUCUAUUCUAAUCUGAAUAGUAAUUCAAAUGAUCACAAAAAGAAAAAUAAGAAUGUUUAUAUUUGCCACGUUCUUUCAUGGUAAUAGAUCUAGUACUUUGCACUUUAAAAAGACCAGUUGAAAAUACAGAAUCAGGAUUGGCAAAUAAGGCAAGAUGAAUGCAAGAUCUCAAACAUUUGAAUUAACAAUGGAGGGCCGACAAGUAGACGAGGCCGUCGCUAGUAUUUUUCAUACUGUGUUGUUUCAUAGAUCACUUGGAAAAUUUUUGUACAACAAUGAAGGCAGUUACUCUGUUGGUACAUUGGGAUACACAGAUGUCGAUUGUGAUUUUAUAGAUUUUACAUACGUAUGCUGUUCUUCUAGUGGUUUGGACAGAACUCUUAAACGAGAAAUAUCUGAAUUCUCCUCACUUCUACGAGGAAAUGAUAGUACUGGUACUGGACAAAUAAGUCUAGAAUUUUUUCAAAAGAAACGUAAUCGUUGGCCGUUUCAAUCAGAAUGCAUACCCUGGGAGGUAUGGAAUGUUAGAUUAGAAUUAAUAAAUUUGAAUAAUGAAGAUGAAAGGCAAGUUUGCAGAGAGAAAGUAGGCGAGAUGCUUACAGAUAAAAUAUUAUAUAUAACAGAAGUCAUGAAUAGGCAUGAUUACGUACCAAAAAUGCCGAAUCAGUCAGAACUUGAACUUAUAUUUGAUACAUCGUAUGAAGAUGUUCAACCUUAUUUAUUCAAAUUUAAUUAUAGCACUAAUGGACCUUCCAAUUCUGUUGGUAACUCUAUGAAGAAACUGAUAAAAGAAACUUUAUCUCUUUAAUAGUUGUGAAUAAUAUUUCAUGUGGUAUGAGCAUAUCAAGCUAUAAAAAGUUAUCUAAAACUGUGUAUAUAUUUCUUAAAUAGUGAUGCUGAUAUUUAUGUUCUAUCUACUUUAAUUUUAUGACAAAUUAUAUUUUUAAGAUA